CUCCGCUCCGCCCCAGCGGCCGCACAGCCCCGCACAGCCCCGGCGGCUCCGGGCGCUGCAGCCGCCGGGGCCGCGCCGAGCUCCGGGACGCCCACAGGACAAUGCGCACCGGGGGAAGGCCCACGCUGAGGAGGGGGACGGAUGGAAGGACAGGCGGGGUGUGAGAAGGAUGGCAAGCCUCGUCCCAUGACGACCUCCCGCACCAUGUUUUACGGAUCCUCCUCCACCAUGGCUCCGCCGUCCAAGAACCGCCUGAAGCGCCAGAGCCGCCUCCUGUCCCAGGUCCUGCAGCGCACGCUGAGCUACAAGGACCGGAGCCCGACCUCAGCUUCCCCCGCCGCCGCCGGGGACGACCCGGCCGAGCUCUCCACCCAGCUCUCCGCCCCGGGCAUCCUGAAGAUUUUUGGGGGCAACAUCUGCGCGGGCACCAACUACAAGAGCGUGCUGGCCACGGGCAGCUCGGGCGCACGGGAGCUGGUGAAGGAGGCCCUGGAGCGCUAUGGGCUGAGCCAGCUGGGCGCCGGGCACUAUGCGCUGUGCGAUGUCAUCGGCAGGUUCGAGGGCCCCGAGAAGCGGUGGCACAUCGAGGGGCUCAGGGUCCUGGGGGACCACGAGAAGCCGCUGCUCAUCCAGGACCUCUGGAAGCCCAGGGAGGGCUUCUCGCGGCGGCUGGAGCUGCGCAGGAGGGCGGAGGUGGAGGAGAUGGCGGCCAGGGAUGUGGACACCACCACAGCAGGCAUCAACGCCCAAGCGCGGAAACUGCAGCGGCACCGGGCCAGGGGGGCCAUGCGGGUGCUGGCGGGGGCUAAGCGGCUCAGCACCCCCCCAGCCCUGCGACGCAGCCUCAGCGAGAGCAGCCUGGGCCGAUCGGCGUCGCGGGACGAGGAGCAGCUCCGCAGGCAUUGCUCCACUUUGCCCGACAGCCUGCGGGCUCCGGCCAGCCCGCGGGGGCCCGCGGCGGAGGAGCGGAGCGGGAGCAGCAUGCGGUACUCCCUCUACCAGUCCCCGCACCUCCUGCUCCUGCAGGGCUACAGCCAGCAGCAUGACAGCCUGGUGUACCUGCUGAACCGCGAGCAGCACACGGUGGGCCAGAGGACGCAGGCGAGCAAGCCCAGCAUCAGCCUGUCUGCCCCGGACAUCCUGCCCCUGCACUGCACCAUCAGGAAGCUCCGAGCAUCCCGGCACCGCUCCGAGGAGCAGCUGGUGCUGGAGCCCAGCGCCGGCGCCGGCGUCUCCAUCAACUUCUGCCAGGUGGCCCGGACGGCCGUGCUGCGGCACGGGGACCUGCUGUCCCUCGGCCUCUACUACCUGCUCCUCUACAAGGACCCCAUGAAGGCUCAGCCUCUGCCGGCGCAGACCCUGCUGCGGCUGCGGGCGCUGCACCCCGAGGGCCCCCAGGUCUGCGGGGCGUGCGGCAGCCUGCUGAAGGAACGGGGUUUUUCGGGGGCUCCUGCCAAAAAACGGGGCCCUUCGCCCACCGGCGGCCCCAGGGCUCCCCGCAGAAAGCUGCUGCUGGAGUUCGAGCCAGCGGCAGAGGACGUGCUGCUGCGGCGCAUCGUGACCCUGAUCGAGCCGGGGGGGGAUGACCACAAGCUGACCCCUGCCUUCCUGCUCUGCCUCUGCAUCCAGCACUCGGCCACCAGCUUCGAGCCCGGAGACUUCGGGCAGCUGCUGCUCAAAGCGGCCAAAAUGAUCCAAAGGACGGUGUGGGAGCGGACGCGGGAGCUGGCUGAGAAGCAGUCCCAGCACCAGGACCCCGCCACCCUGUCCCGCUUCGGCAUCGCGGACCUGCUGCCGGACCUGCAGCACAUCCUCUUCUGGAUGUCCAACGCCAUCGAGGUCCUCUACUUCGUCCAGCAGAAGUCACCCACCUACAUCCAGAGCAUGGAGGAGGAGCUGGACGUCAAAGGCUCCAAGGAGUCUCUGUUCUCUUCGACCAUCACAGCCAGCGAGGAGGCGAUGACGGUGCUGGAGGAGGUGAUCAUGUACACCUUCCAGCAGUGCGUCUACUACAUCUCCAAGUGUCUGUACGUGUCGCUGCCGGCCCUGCUGGAGUGCGACCCCUUCCAGAACGAGGGCCGGGAGGGCUGGCGGGCGUCCCCGCCGCUGCCCGAGGAGCUGCGCAGGGUGGUGCUGACCUACCAGGCCGUGCUGGACCUGCUGCGCCAGUACGAAGUGCACCCCGAGAUCACCUCCCAGAUGUUUGCCUACCUCUUCUUCUUCUCCAACACGCUGCUCUUCAACCAGCUCCUGGACAAGGGCUCCUCUCUCGGCUGCUUCCACUGGUCGCAGGGGGUGAAGCUGCGAGCCAGCGUGCGGCUGCUCCUCGAGUGGCUGCGCGGCGCCGGCUUCGAGCAGCUGGCCCAGCAGUUCUUCGCCAAGCUGGCCAGCGUGGCCAACCUGCUGGCCAUGCCCGGCUCCCAGCUGCUGCAGAUGAGCUGGCCGGCCCUGCGAGCCGAGUUCCCGGCGCUGAGCCCCGCGCAGCUCCACCGGGUGCUGAGCCAGUGCCAGGCGGUGAUGGACGUGGGCUUUGUUGCGGCGUGGCAGCCCGGUGAGGAGGAGAGCACGGCCGCCUUCCAGCACGAGGGGAUGCUGGAGUCCUUUGACAACCACCCGCCCAUCAUCCUGCCCAGCGGGGGCUUCAAGGUGGACCUGGAGGUGGAGACAUUGGACGACAACAUCUACCGGCACCUCCUCUACAUCCGCCACUUCCUCUGGAGCCUGCAGAGCAAGAGCCCCCACGGCGGGGAAGGGCCAGGCUCAGCACCCCCAAAGAAAGAGCCACGCGCGACACCAGAAGUCCUGGAGGAGAACACGAGCCUGGUGGCAGCCCCGGGGAGCAGCACGGUCACCCCGGGGGGCUGCAGUGAGCCGGACGGGAGCCCCCCGCCUGCCCUGGCUGCCAACGGCUGCCCCCGGCAGCACCCCGCCGGCGAGCCACAGCUCCAGGAGAAGCUCCAGCAGCUGCAGCUGGGCAGGGGCCCACCCCCCCCGGCCCCCUCCUGCCUCCUGACGCCCCCCACCACCCCCCUGAACUUUGACUUCGCCAGCCCGGAGUCCCCGCAGGGCACUGGCAAGGCUCUGCAGGACCCGCGGAGGAAUGGGAUGAACGGCACCAAAAGCAGCACCCCCGAAGGCUGCUCGCCGACCCCCUACGACUACCCCACGCCGGAAUCCUCCAGCCGCAGCUCUGCCACCGAUGAUUUCUGCUACGUCUUCGUGGUGGAGCUGGAGAGAGGGCCCCUGGGGCUGGGGAUGGGGCUGAUCGACGGCUUGCACACGCCUCUCACCUCUCCCGGCAUCUACAUCCGCACCCUGAUCGAGGACAGCCCCGCGGCCGCCGACGGCAGGCUCUCCAUCGGGGACCGCAUCCUGGCUGUCAACGGCACCAGCCUCAUCGGGGCGGACUACCAGAGUGCAGUGGACCUCAUCCGCUCCGGAGGGAAGAAGCUGCGGUUUCUGGUCGCCAAGUCAGACAUGGAAAUAACAAAAAAAAUCGUCUCCAGCUCCUCUUCCUCUUAGUUCUGGUGGUACAAGGGGCUGUCUGCAGCAGCUCGUGGGUGCAGCUCCAGUUAAGGCUGACCUCGUGGAGCCUGGAGUGCACGAGGGAGGACUAGGACUCCACAGCUGCCCUCGAUUUGCUUUUCAAUGCCUUGCCCUGCACUGCAGCGGAUGGAAGGACACACGAGGGUGGUGCACGCUUCUCCCCACUGCACCAGCUGGGAGCAGCAUUCCUGAUCCAUCGCCCAAGCCUCACCUUAGAGCCUGCACCAUCCUUCUCGGGAGCUUUCCUGCUCCUCCAUCUGCCGGCAGAGAGCAGGAGGGGUGCUGCCCCCACGGAGGCUGUAAGCAGGUUCCUCUGUUCCUCCAGGCUGACAGCCCUGCAUGGUUCUCCUCGCUCUGGCACAAGCAUUCAGGAAGGCAUUUCAGUUCUCCUGUUACUUUUUCACAUUGGCAGGGCAGGCCUGAAACAGCUUUGGGAUUUAAAGAUUACGUAGCCAGGCCCAGGUUUCACUGCGACAACAGCAGGUCAGGCUGGAAAAUGGGCAGAGCCAGCGCAGGCAGCCAGCUCUGGGGUGGUAAACGCAGCACAGCAAUCAGGAGCGGGAUCCCAAGCAGGAUGCCUUGCUAGGAGUCCCCAGGGCUGUGCCCGAAGCCAGGUGCCUUUUGCUGCUGGGCUACAAUCACACUGCCCCCAGCCCGGCAGAGGGAUGGGAAGCAGCUUCAGCAAAGGGCUGACACCACCAGCAGUUCCCCGAGUUCUGGGGGCAGGCCCGGGGAGAAGAGGGUGCUCUCAUCCUGCCCCACGCAGCAGAUUUACUGCCCGGCUCUGCCACCCCGUUUCCUACCCAGCUCAGAGCAUCUCAGAAGUGCGUGCUGCGGCCAGGCCGACAGGCUCCCCGCGGGAGGUCAGGAUCCCCUCGGGAGGUCAAGAUCCCCUCCAAGUCCCAGCAGCAGUUCUGCAAACACGGCCUCAGCAGAGCCGAGCUGGCAGCUCCACCGUGCGGCUGCCCGGUCCCCUGCACACGCAGCCUCCUGCCCGCCAAGUCCUGUGCGUGCUUUUAGCGACAUUAAGGGGAUAAACCCGACCUGAUUUCCACAUAUAGAUAGAUAGCGAGACCUAGUUUAGCUGAACCCUAUUAAAACAGCCUGCCAUAAAGCCCUACAUCACACCCUGCACUUAAACCUGCAUGGUCUGGGCUCUGGCAGCAAAUCAGAUAUUAACGUGGCAUCUCACAACGGCUCUCUGAGGAUUGUGAUGCUAAAAAGGGGAUGCUUCGAGUGGUUGGCCUUAAUUAAACCUCAGAUAUUUCAAUGCUAGACUUUGGUUUCUGUGCUUAGCCUCGCGCUUUGCAGGAGAGAGAUGUCAAAAUAAUCCAUGCAGGGGAAAAAACCUCCACACACCGGAUUCGAACAGAGCCUGGCCUGCCUCUUCGAGGGCGAGAUGGACGAAGCACCUUCACAGAGACACUCGUGCCUUGCUUCCCUGCUAGGCUGUGCUCGUGCCACCCAGCUUGGCUCCAGCAGGCACC